GUUCGCCUUCUUUAAUUCUUUAUUAAAUCUUUAAUAUCACAGUUAAUUAUAAACUAUUAUUAUUAAUUAUAAACUUCUUACAACUUUAACCAUCCCGGGAACUAACUGAAAUCAGAAGCUGAAGUAAACUAUCUUCUGUUCUUUGUUUUAAGUCUUGCUAACACACUUGUAGGAAAGCCUUAAUGGUAGCAAGAUGGAGCCUGAUACCUUCACCGCCUUACCGAAGCUGAUACGACAUGAUAAUAAUGAUGUCCAGUCCUCUGAAAAGCUUGAAACACUUGAUGGAAAUGAGGAUAACAAUAACAUGCUCAACAGCUUUGAAAGUGAAAACAGAGAACAUGAUACAACCGAUUCUUGCCCACUGACAAGCAACGCUCACCAACCAUGUGAAAGUGACUCCGGUUACACUGUCACCUGUAUGAUUACCAUGGCACUGGCUGUUCCUGGAGGUGUUGAAAAAGGACCAGUUACGGCUGAGGAGAAAGAAAAGACAAAAUCCAAAAAAGUGCAUUCCAGUGGAAGAAUAGAGGCACCAAAACCAAAGAGUUAUUACCACAUUGAGUACAAUCUGCUGCCUGAUAGUGAGCCAAUCAAAGUGGACUUGGUGAUGUUCGGUUCGGUGGCAAAAGUCUAUAUGGACAAUGAGACAAAGAUGCUGUUGCCAUGGCAAGAGGAAGAAAAUGUUUGGAUUGCAUGGUCUCAGUCUGUAAAGCUCAAUAUGACCAAAGAACUGCUUCUUAAGAUGCCAUCACAUAAAAUUAUCUUUAGACUUUGGGACACCAAGGACAAAGUGUGUGCCAAAGCAAAGUAUGACAGACCCAGAGCGUUCAGAUUACCACAGCGUAAGAGCGAGCAGGAUCCAGAAAUUACAGAUGAUAUAAUGGAUUCUCAACUGGACCAAUCUGGUGGCAUUAAGGACAUGGUGAAGAACUUGAGAGCUGUUUAUGAGAAAGAGAACCCAAUAAGCAAAACCUCCAAGAACUUCCACAAAGAUAUCAUUCCAAGGCAAUCAGAACAUAAUUUUGCCAAAGACACCAGUGCAGCUUUGAAUGAAACUAUUCAAGAUAAUUCUGAAGUCACAGUGGAUCAAGAACAGGAUUUGGAGAAGCCAGAGAAAUUGUCAUUAGAGCAAUCUGAUAAAGGCUUCAGAGACACCACAACAGUAGUGAAAAACCAGAGCUCAAAUGCUCAACUAUCUGUUCAUGAAAAUACAGCAGAGAUGGAGGACAUAAACAAAACUGGCAUUGCUUCCGUGGAGCUCAGUGCCAUGCCUCUUCUUGCAGGACACAGGUCACUGACAGACUGUUUGCAGAUCCACUCAGGAAGUGUUUUAAAAGGCUUGUGCAACAUCACACUGGACCAGCCUCUUAUGUCCAAAGAGCUUAAGGCUCUUUUUAAUCCUUUAGUCAUCACCAUCCUCUCUGCAUCAUCUUUGCCCUCCUCUCCAGUUCCCUUUGCUGAACUUGAGCAGCAAUGCAAUCCUGUGUACUGCCAGUACAGAUUCCACAAGAUGCCAACUCACAAGACCAAAGAGAAGCCCCAUGGUUCUCACAUACUCUUCAAAGAUGUGAAUGUGAUCUUCACCGGCCUGCUGAGCCCUGGAGAGCUAAUCGAGUUUCUCCGGGGUCCACCAUUACAAAUUGAAGUCCAUGACCGUGAUAGGAAAAACGAAGAACCUGUCUUAAGUCCAGCAGUGUUCGGCAGUGGGAGAAACGACGACAAAUUAGCCAGCGCUGUAUUUGUCACAAUCAAACAAGAGAAAAGUCAACUGCGCGACCCAUACGGCAUCGCCCAGCUGAAACUUUCAGAUCUUCUCAGAGAACACAAGGUUUUGAAUCUCACCCUGCCUAUAAGAUGUCCACAUCCGGAGCAGUGGUUGAGCAGUGAGAAGAACGAAUGGGGGACAAAUGAACCUGUGACAGGUAGAUUUGAGGACAGCUCUAUGCCAAUGGGGCAUUACAUGAGAGCCAACUCAGAGCUCAAGGUGCAUGUUGAGAUAGCGCACCCGCUACAUCCAGACCCUGAUGAAAGUGAUUUAGACUGUCCGUUCGGCUGCAUUGUUUACAUAUUUAAAUAUGACAAUGUUCCCGUCCUUAACAAACUGAGAUCUGAAAUUCUACAAAUCAAUUCAGCGGCUUUCGAUCUGGAUGACCAAACUGAUAAAAUGGCUCAAAAAAUCCUUUGCAGUCACAAAAUGAGUGCCAAAGAAAGAGAAAAUAAGAAGCUGGACGUUUUAACAGGGUUCUACAUGCUGGAUAAUGCUAUACACCUUUUUGUUCUGGAGGGACUGAAAGAACAAGCCAUCAAACAGCUCUGGGAAAGAGUGCCUAUAAAGUUGGAUGAGGACACACAGAAGGAAGUGAUGGUUCUUUAUAACUCAGGUCUGAGUUUCUCCGAAAGGCUUUAUGACACUUUGGAUGUUGGGCUGAGUCCAAUUCAUCUCCAUGAGUCGCUAGAGGCAAUAUUGAGAAAGCCCCUGGUUUAUGUCAGGGGCAUGGUCCCGUAUUCUUGUCUACAGGCUAUGUUACGAAUAAGCCAGCUCUGCCAAGUAAGGACGCUUGACGAAGCUGUUCUAAACAACCUGUUCCCAUCAGCCAAAAUGAUGUAUUGCUUGAGUGCGGAGUUCAGCAGGAUUCACAGCCAAGGAGAGGAGAAAUUAUUGCCGGACACCCAGGAUUUAAAUAAUAGUGUGGAUCAUCGUGUGUCACAGAGGAGGGCGUACACUCAUCUUGACAAUGUUAAUAAAGAAUACAUGGAAUGGAAGCAGUCUCAGGCAGAUCGAGGGCUUCAUGCAAAAAACUUUGUUCAGGCCAACAUUGAGGACAUCCACAAAGCCAGCACUGCUUUACAGAAUCAAAAACCAAAGGUGUCUGUAGCUGAAGUGAAUGAUGGUCAGCCUGUACACAACUACAGUAUUCAGACAUUAAACAGCACCGUUCUGGCUAAGGAGCUACUGUUUGAAGAGAUGGCAAAGCAUCCAACCCGCAGGUUUUCGUACAGUCAGAAUUACCACUCUUUGACACUGGACCCUGUUGAUCCAGAGGCUGAGCGGAAGGUCGUAGAGGCCAGAUCCCGUGCUGCGUGGCGUACUCGCGAUGGUUUUAUCUAUUCUGGAUUUAAAAGCAGCACUGAGUCCAACCAACAUCCUAAACAACCAGACGAGGCACGGGUCAUGGAGCUCGGAAAGCCCUGGAGGGAGAACAUUCUUCACGGAAACACACUUAAGCCUAUCCUGAAAAGAUCCACGUGGUCAUGGAGUCAACGACAGGAGGACUUUGAGCUUUAUAAGAAACCACCUGCUGUUUUAGGUCCAUCACCUCCCGUCUCAAUUCACCUAGCAGGAGAAACUUUGCAUCAGGAGCAGCUCCAGGCUGCACGUGAGCAGUAUGUCAGAUGGCUGAGAAAAAUUUUACCUGAUGUAGAAUCCACAGGUAGCGAUCGAGUCCCAGAGUUCAAGUGCCACAUGAGAAGAGCUGGCCUGGAUAAACUGCAUGAUUUACUCAAGGACAAGCCAAUGAAGCUCACUUUGAAGAAAGCAUGGAAGACAUUAUUGCCCAUUCCACUUUUCACUGAGGACCAGCACUCUAACACAAAGAUUACACAGAGGACAGAAAGAGAGAAUAACAGCUGUUUGUUGGACACCAACACAGGAUAUAAAGACACUUCUCAACACUGCAAGUCCAAUUUUGCAUGUUGCUGGAGGCCACACUCCUCUCAGCACAAGCGAGCCAUCCUGCCUCUAACAGAUGAAGAAAAACGUCUGCACGUUUUCCAAAGACCUCAGAACAUUACUGUGACAUACACAGAGUCGGCAAACCCCCAGCACAGGCGCAACGUCAUCGAAAUGAGGACCUACAACAGUGUCACUGCACACAUAAAAUGAGAAGGCUCUGGACUUGGCUCCACUUUUGGCUUCGGAGCUGUUGGGAAUUAAGGAACUUUGGUGAUGUUGAAAGUUUGUGGCAAAUAAAAAAGGGAAUUUCAGAAAA